CCGACCGAAGACUGGGUUUUAUGGACAAUUAAAGCUACCAUGUGAGUCACAGUUUUACACGUCUAGUCAGAAGCGCGUGUAGUUUGUGUACUCAUCUAGUCUUGUUUACCACAUAAGAAUAAAAUAAAUGCGGUAACUCCGGCAAAGUUAAAAAAAAUGGCAGGCAACACGGGCAUGGAACAACUUAUACCGAUUGUGAACAAAUUACAGGAUGCCUUUACGCAGUUAGGAGUCCAUUUGACAUUAGAUUUACCUCAAAUUGCGGUAGUGGGAGGACAGUCGGCAGGAAAGAGCUCCGUUUUAGAAAAUUUUGUGGGCAGGGAUUUCCUCCCAAGGGGCUCUGGAAUCGUUACCAGGAGACCCUUGAUUUUGCAACUGAUCAAUUCCAAAUUCGAAUAUGCAGAAUUUUUACACUGCAAAGGACAGAAGUUCUCCGACUUCGAUGAAGUUAGGAAAGAAAUCGAGGCUGAAACUGACAGAGUUACCGGAAGCAACAAAGGAAUAUCUAGUAUACCAAUUAACUUAAGGGUUUAUUCCCCAAAUGUAUUAAACCUCACGAUGAUCGAUCUACCUGGCAUGACGAAGAUCGCGAUAGGAGAUCAGCCUCCGGAUAUAGAACAACAAAUCAGGGCGAUGAUUCUGCAAUUUAUUAAACGAGAAUCGUGCCUUAUCUUAGCCAUAACGCCGGCGAACACGGAUUUGGCCAACUCGGAUGCUCUGCAAAUCGCCAAGGAGGUUGAUCCCCAAGGAUUCCGCACAAUUGGAGUAAUAACAAAAUUAGACUUGAUGGAUGAUGGAACGGAUGCAAGAGAAAUUUUAGAAAACAGACUACUGCCCCUUCGACGGGGUUACGUGGGGGUCGUUAAUCGUUCCCAGAAAGAUAUUGAGGGAAAGAAAGAUAUAAGAGUGGCUAUUACUGCCGAAAGAAAAUUCUUCGUAAGUCAUCCAGCGUAUUCGCAUAUAGCUGACAAAUUAGGCACACCAUAUUUGCAAAAGACUCUGAAUCAACAACUAACCACCCACAUCGGGAAUACAUUACCUACUUUGAGGGACAAAUUACAAAAACAAAUUAUAGGGCUAGAAAAGGACUUGGGGGAUUUUAAGAACUUCGCUCCGGACGAUCCAACUGUCAAAACCAAAGCUCUACUUCAGAUGAUUCAACAAUUCGCCCUAAGUUUCGACAGAGCCCUUGAGGGAUCGAGAUCCAACGACGUGAAUACCUUGGAGCUUUCUGGAGGAGCCAAAAUCCACUGUCUCUUUCACGAGAGAUUCCCAUUCGAAAUAGUAAAAAUGGAGUUUGAUGAGGCUGAUUUACGUAAAGAAAUUGCGAUCGCUAUUUGCAACAUACACGGUAUAAGAAUUGGAUUAUUUACACCAGAUUUAGCAUUCGAUGCCAUAGUCAAAAAACAGAUAUCCCGUUUAAAAGAACCCUGUAUGAAAUGCGUGGAUUUAGUGGUGACAGAACUUCUAGCUGUUGUACAUUCCUGCACUGAAAAGAUGGCUAGAUUUCCACGUCUAAGGGAAGCAGUUGAAAGUAUAAUAACUUCUUAUAUUAGAAGAAGAGAACAAGCAUGUAAAGAUCAGAUAUCCCUUUACAUAGACUGCCAGUUGUCUUAUAUGAACACCAAUCAUGAAGACUUCAUAGGAUUUGCAGAUGCGGAAAAUCAGGCGAAAAAAGCGUCAUCCGGACAAGCGAAACAUUUGGGAAAUCAAGUGAUUCGUAAAGGUUUCAUGUGUCUACAGAACCUGAGCAUCAUCAAGGGUAGAGAUUUUUGGUUCGUUUUAACGUCUGAGAGCCUGUCGUGGUACAAGGACGACGAGGAGAAGGAAAUUCAGUACAUACUUCCUCUAGUCAACCUUAAAUUGAGAGAUAUGGAAACGAGUUUCAUGUCUAGAAGGCAUUUGUUUGCUCUAUUUUAUCCAAAUGGGUCCAAUAUUUAUAAGGAUUACAAACAAUUAGAAUUAAGCUGUGAUUCUUUAGACGAAGUAGAUUCUUGGAAGGCCUCAUUCUUAAGGGCUGGAGUGUAUCCAGAGAAGAAAGUUAAACCAGAAGGUGAAGAUGAAGUAGAAGAAGACAAUAAUAAUAUGUUCGAGAAUUCCGUGGACCCCACACUAAAGCGUCAAGUAGAAGUUAUAAGAAAUUUGGUAGAAAGCUAUAUGAGCAUAGUAACAAAGUCGACGAAAGAUUUGGUGCCAAAGACGAUUACACAUAUGAUAAUAAUCGAAACCAAAAAGUAUAUCUAUGAAGAGCUGCUCAUCCACGUCUACGCAAACGAAGACCAGGCUAAUCUCAUGGAAGAAUCACCAGAGGAAGUAAAAAGGCGAGAAGAAAAAAUGGCCAUGUUUCAAGCUUGUAGAACAGCCCUAGAAAUAAUUGGAGAUUGUUCAAUGAGGAUAACCACCAAAAACAAAUCUGCACAAUCAGAAGAGGACACAAUUUCUCUUUUCACCCCUACACCGGCACCUUCGGCCGCCACCAAAAGAGGUUUCAGACUGUCUACACCCCCACCAGCUAUAAGUAGGCCAGCACCACCCCCACCCCCAGGUGUAAGGAAGAUUAAGAGUGAGAAAAAUCUGCUAAUUCCUCACUUUUUUAUUCUAUCUAUACCGUAAUGACUGUAUGUUGUUAAUGAUGACUUCAUGAUAACAUGACUUCCGUCUUAAUCUUGCCACACAUUAAUUAUUUCAUGCCAAAAGAAGUAGGUAGUACAUAUUUAAGUACAUCACGAAGAAAUAUGGUCUGCUUUGGAAAUACUCUUGCAAAUAAAGAUAUUCUAUUUGAUUCUAACAUAUUAAUUAAGUGAACAUUUUUUAACAAUUUUAACAAUUUAUUUACAGUAUUAUAUGUGUAGUUUUGAUUUCUAUACAUGUACGUUUUUCUUAAAUCUAGUUAGAAAACUCGUAAAGUAUACAUGUAACACACACAUUAAUUCAUUUUGAUAAAAAAAUGACAAUGUACGUAUCUUCAGGCAAAUGAAUAUAUAUUAUUUACUAACAGAACAUUUAGUUAAAAACUUCUAGUCAUCAAGAUUAUUAUAUCUCACUACAACAGUAAAGGGUAUAGGAUUACUAUCACAUACUCGUAUUAUUACUUAUUUAGGUGUACAUUUUUUAAUAAAUUAAUAGACUAU